AUGCAACUUGUGGUACAAACUAUAGUCUGCUAUGCUGGCGUAUUUUUGAGCAGGUGAAAGCUGCCUUGUUAUAUUCGUAUGCCUGUGGCCACCAUGUACGAUGUUCAACAGAGGGAUAUUUAGGUGAGCAGAAAUAGAGGGACGAGGAAAGAAGAAGACGGGCGAGGUGGGAAAGAAUUCUCCCAUCCUUUUUGCCCGCUUUGACUUUCUUCAACUUUUCGACGUUUUUCUCAUUAUGGCGGUUACAAGAGCAGAAAGAUUCGGGCACUCAAAGAAAACUCAUGAGAAUGUAAAUUUUGAUUUGUUCUUGUAUAGUGUUCAGCCCGAGCUUCCUUCCCCUGGUGAAAGUAGCUACAGUAUCAACAUGUCUGGUGGACAUGCCGGUAUUGGUGACCACAGUGUAACCAAUGUGGGAACAGCAACACCAAGGUGACGUAUACCAAAUAUUAUUUAUUGUUUAAUGACCGUUGCGCUACGUUAGUAGAUUAUAAGAAACUGUACUUUAAUACUGUAAUUGCUAAAGGACUCUAUACAAUCAAAGCCCUCGUAAGGGACCAACUUGGUAUGUUUUGCGGGUCCAUAGCAGGAGCCCAUAAAACGGAUCGAGCAACGUCCAUGUUCUUGUGUCACGGCGUAUAUUUCAGAACGAUUGUGACGCGAAUUGAGAAUAUUACUCAUACAGGUCAGCUGGCGAUGUUUCUUUUUUUACCUUUAAAUGACGCUUUGUUUUCCAUAUUCGUACCUUAUAUACUUCAAAUGAAUGCGUUUUUAGAAAGAGUGCAGCUUCCAAUUUCGCGGAAAAACUGCUUUAAAAUUCCAUCUAAAGAUAAGCCGGUCCGUGAAAACGCUGUAUAGUUCUUGCUCACAACCUCCGACUUAACAGUCGUAAAAAAUGGAGCUUGUCAUAACGGCUUUUAUGUAGUCACAGAGUGUUCAUGUCCUGUAUUGUAAUUAGCAUUCUGUUCACUUGUUUAUAUCUUUCAGAACUCCAAGUACUGCGGGAAGUAUCGAAUCUCCAUUUGGGUUUCCGGAGAGUAGGAGUGGUACAAACCCCGUGACUGCUAGCUCAGGAAACCCUACAGAAAGUGAAAAUAUCUCAAAUACCCCUGAAAUACCUACGGCGGUUCCUGAAGUGGGCAUUGUAGGAUCGUCCGAGCAGAUUGCAGUUGCUACUGGUUCUCGCGGAGCAUUGUCCGGCAGUCCUGUUCCGGAGACAAAAAACUCAGGAACUUCCCCUCAAGAUUCAACCGACGUUACUGCCCUUGAAAAAUUACCUGUGAGCGUUCCUGAAGCAGGCAGUGCAGGGUCUUCCGAGCAGAUUGCAGUUGCGACUGGUUCUUGCGUAGAAAUUGUCUAG